AUGUGUGUACCGUUAGAGGGUGGUAUGACAAGGAGUGUACCGUUAGAGGGUGAUAUGACAAGGUGUGUACCGUUAGAGGGUGAUAUGGAAAGGUGUGUACCGUUAGAGGGUGAUAUGACAAGGAGUGUACCUUUAGAGGGUGAUAUGGAAAGGUGUGUACCGUUAGAGGGUGGUAUGACAAGGAGUGUACCGUUAGAGGGUGAUAUGACAAGGAGUGUACCGUUAGAGGGUGAUAUGACAAGGAGUGUACCGUUAGAGGGUGAUAUGACGAUGCGUGUACCGUUAGAGGGUGGUAUGACAAGCCGUGUACCGUUAGAGGGUGAUAUGGCAAGGCGUGUACCGUUAGAGGGUGAUAUGACAAGCCGUGUACCGUUAGAGGGUGAUAUGACAAGGAGUGUACCGUUAGAGGGUGAUAUGACAAUACGUGUACCGUUAGAGGGUGGUAUGACAAGGAGUGUACCGUUAGAGGGUGAUAUGACAAGGAGUGUACCGUUAGAGGGUGAUAUGACAAGCCGUGUACCGUUAGAGGGUGGUAUGACAAGGAGUGUACCGUUAGAGGGUGAUAUGACAAGGAGUGUACCGUUAGAGGGUGAUAUGACAAGGAGUGUACCGUUAGAGGGUGAUAUGACAAGCCGUGUACCGUUAGAGGGUGAUAUGACGAGGAGUGUACCGUUAGAGGGUGAUAUGACAAGGAGUGUACCGUUAGAGGGUGAUAUGACAAGGAGUGUACCGUUAGAGGGUGAUAUGACAAGCCGUGUACCGUUAGAGGGUGGUAUGACAAGGAGUGUACCGUUAGAGGGUGAUAUGACAAGGAGUGUACCGUUAGAGGGUGAUAUGACAAGGAGUGUACCGUAG